AUGAACGACAGGCACGCCGGCCAGGCACAAUCAGAGUGGCAGACGCACGCCGAGGGAAGCAUUCACAUCUCACCCGGUGGUCGGAAAGUACUAUCAAUUACCAGUGGAUGGCGCCCGUAUAGACGGCCAGCGCUACUGACCGGUGGUACCUUCAAGGAUGGUAGGCUGUUUCAGGAAGACCAGGCUCGAUACGCAUUUUGGAGUGGCGAAGAGACCGACAGACAUCACGGGGCUUUGACUGCGAUCAUUCAAGUGGCAGUGUGCACUCUCUCAUCGGCUUUAAUGGAUGAACUCCCGUCUACCAUCCGCGACUACAUAACGUAUCUCAUCGGCAAUGAUCCGCUGGUUUCUGUGUCACUGUCAUUCAUUGGCAAUGCGCAUGUCAACUUGAGACACGCGGCAGUCUGCGAGCUCUGCAAAUUACUGGAAGAGGUUUGUCGAGAACGAGAUGUUGCAAUGAUCCCAGCGACCGCUCAAGAUGCAUCACCCGAAAUAUGGUGGCAAGAGGUACAAUGGGAUCCAGUCAUCGCGGCCAUUGUCACAUCGUUCGCGUUCCGGUGGCAGGACGCCUUGCGAGUCCUCGUCGAAGGCACCAACGCGCUUGUGUGGCUGCAGAAAGAAAUCUCGCCGCCCGUGACCUGGAGCAUCAAACAACAACGAAGAUAUCGAGACCAGCUACUCGUCCCAAUUAUCGAGGGCGCAAACGAGGCAUUGUCGCACCUAGACGACUACAUGUACAAUCCAGCGCUAGAGAAUCGGGAUCGGGCGGACAAUGCAUUAUGGAGCAGGAUACCGCCAUGCAGCGGCGAUACACUGGAGGGGAUAUUGGCUAGACUGGAGAUGCUUGCUGUGUAUGAUGAGUAG